CUGGCCACGUGCGCCGGCCGCCCCGGGAAUCCGGGGAAUCCAGCCAAUAGGAAUGUGCGGCUGCGGUCCUGUCGGCCAAUCGCGGGGCGUGUAGGAGGUUGGCCGGUUUGGCGCUGGCUCCAGGACUAUGGGGCCGCCGGCGCGGGGGCAGCUAGUCAGGUGGUGGCGGAGCCGAAUCCUCUUCUGAGCACUCGGGCACUCAGGUAUCCACCAUGGUGUUGGGUCCUGAGCAGAAGAUGCCAGAUGAUGAUGCUUCUGGAGACCAUGGGGACUUUGCCAGUCUUGGUGCCAUCAACUCUGCCUACAGUAACUCCUCUCUUCCUCAGUCCACCGGGCAAUCAGAGGAACCCUUCACCACCUACUUCGAUGAGAAGAUUGCCAUUCCUGAGGAGGAGCACUCUUGUUUUAGCUUUCGUAAACUCUGGGCUUUCACGGGACCGGGCUUUCUUAUGAGCAUUGCCUACCUGGAUCCAGGAAACAUCGAAUCUGAUUUGCAGUCUGGAGCAGUGGCUGGCUUUAAGUUGCUCUGGGUUCUUCUGUUGGCCACCAUUGUGGGGCUCCUGCUCCAGCGCCUUGCAGCUAGACUGGGAGUGGUCACUGGGCUGCAUCUUGCUGAAGUGUGUCACCGUCAGUAUCCCAGGGUCCCACGAAUUAUCCUGUGGCUGAUGGUAGAGUUGGCUAUCAUUGGCUCAGAUAUGCAAGAAGUUAUUGGCUCAUCCAUUGCCAUCAAUCUCCUAUCUAUGGGAAGGAUUCCUCUGUGGGGUGGAGUUCUCAUCACCAUUGCAGAUACCUUUGUAUUUCUCUUUUUGGACAAAUAUGGCUUGCGGAAGCUAGAAGCAUUUUUUGGCUUUCUUAUCACUAUUAUGGCCCUCACUUUUGGAUAUGAGUAUAUUACAGUGCAACCCAGCCAGAGCCAGGUACUGAGGGGCAUGUUCGUGCCGGGCUGCUCAGGCUGUCGCACCCCACAGGUUGAGCAGGCUGUGGGCAUCGUGGGAGCUGUCAUCAUGCCACACAACAUGUACUUGCAUUCUGCCUUAGUCAAGUCCAGACAGGUAAACCGAGCCAGUAAGCGAGAAGUUCGAGAAGCCAAUAAGUACUUUUUCAUUGAAUCCUGUAUUGCUCUGUUUGUUUCCUUCGUCAUCAACGUCUUUGUCGUCUCAGUCUUUGCUGAAGCAUUUUUUGAGAAAACCAAUGAGCAAGUGCUUCAAGUCUGUAGCAACAGCAGCAGUCCCCAUGCUCACCUUUUUCCUGAUAAUAAUGCAACACUGGCUGUGGACAUCUACAAAGGGGGUAUUGUGCUGGGAUGUUAUUUCGGGCCUGCCACACUCUACAUCUGGGCAGUGGGGAUAUUGGCUGCAGGACAGAGCUCCACCAUGACAGGAACCUAUUCUGGCCAGUUUGUCAUGGAGGGAUUCCUGAACCUAAGAUGGUCACGUUUUGCCCGAGUGAUUCUGACCCGCUCUAUUGCCAUCAUCCCCACUCUGCUUGUUGCCAUCUUCCAAGAUGUAGAGCACCUAACGGGAAUGAAUGACUUCCUGAAUGUUCUGCAGAGCUUACAGCUUCCCUUUGCUCUCAUACCCAUCCUCACGAUGACAAGCUUGCGGCCAGUAAUGAGUGACUUUGCCAAUGGAAUAGGCUGGAGGAUUGCAGGCGGAAUCUUGGUCCUUGUUGUCUGUUGCAUCAACAUGUACUUUGUCGUGAUUUAUGUCCAGGAGCUAGGGCAUGUGGCAUUGUAUGUGGUGGCAGCUGUGAUCAGUGUGGCGUAUCUGAGCUUUGUGUUUUACUUGAGUUGGCUAUGUAUGAUUGCACUGGGCAUAUCCUUCCUGGAGUGUGGGCACAUGUACCAUCUGGGAUUGACAGCUCAGCCUGAACUCUACCUUCUGAACACCGUGGAUGCUGACUCACUUGUGUCUAGAUGACUGACAGCCUGAGAGAGUGUAUAAGAACCACUUUCUCUUAGUCCUUUUGUGCCAAGUGUCCUGUUAACAUAUCUCUGUUAGUUCAGAGGUGAGUUUUGUUCAAACGUUUUGAACAAAAGCAAAGAUUUCCUCAUGGGAAGGGUGUUAAAAGCUGACAGCUCUAAGUGUAGGUCAGAGACCCACCCACCUCACAACAAUCCUAUAAGAGCCAGUUAAAUGAUUGGCCUAUGAUGGCCACACACCCCUAUGGGCUUGUGUCUUGACUUCUGGAAUUUAUAAAAUAUGUACAUAUAUAUAUUUAUGUAAACC